CAGGAGCAGGAGUGCUUCCAGGAGGAGCUGCGCCGGGCCCAGCGGAAGCUCCUCAAGGUCUCCCGGGACAAGAGCUUCCUCCUGGACCGGCUGCUCCAGUAUGAGAACGUGGACGACGACUCCUCAGAUUCGGAGGCCACCGCGUCGUCCGACAACAGCGACGGGGAGUCGCCCAAGGGGGCGGAGCCUCCUCCAUUGAAGAGGAGGCGGAGCCCCGCCCCCGGAGGCUCCUCCCCCUCCCCGCCCGUGCCAGGGCUGGCGGCGCCGUCGGGAUUCGCCCUGUCGGGGCCGGGGGCGUCGCCCUAUCUGAGCGCGGUGAGUGGGCGGGGCGCCGACAUGGCCGACAACGGGGGGGGGAGGGCCAAUAUGGCCGACAGCAUGGGG